UCUCCACGGACGGUCGAAGUCUUUCGAAUGUUAGUCGAUCUCACGAUACGAUCACCGUCGAUCGUUCACGUACCGUGAAACAACGUAAAUCUGUGAAAAUAAAAAAAAAAGAAAGAGAAACAAAUGGAAAAGGUGAUAAUAAAACGUAUCAUAUAGUAUGCAAGUAGAACUCGGCUGAUCGUGUUAAUUAUAUUAUCCAUAAAGGAAUAUUACUUUAUCGAGAAGUAUUAAAAGUGAAUGGAAGAUAAGAAUCAAUCAUCGAUCGAAAAUUUUCUAAAAGGAGCAACGCCAUCCCGAACAUUCGCGGACGUCGUUCUUUGUUGCUUCGGUGGUGAAAGGUUUUUGACGCAUCGACUCGUUCUUUCAGCUGCUAGUCCCUACUUACAGAAAAUUUUGGAGGCUGACGGCAAUUCGUCGAAUCAUCGAGAACCUAUAACCAUUGUAUUAGCAGAGAUCGAAUCAACGGAAUUAUCGGCAAUCCUCGAUUUUAUCUACACUGGUAGUACGAAAGUAUCACGAGCCAGAUUGAACGCAUUUUUACGAACAGCUACGGUUCUACAUAUACGUCUUCCACCCCUACCUGCUGCGAUCGUCUAUAAUACAUUUGAUCGAGAGAAUACAUCGUAUACUUUCGAUUUCAAGGCUGUCCCAAGUAAACCACAGUAUGAAACCUCUCUGAAUUUGAGUAGAGUCGCCGAACAUCCUCAAGAAUCGUGUAGAUUUCAAACAGAAGACUCUUGGGAAUCGCAAUUGACGUCAUUGAAAUAUUCAGACAAAUUGGGAUCAUCUAACAAAGUAGAUUACUCAUGGACGAACAAGGAUCCAGAUUGCUUCGAGGAAAGAUGGUGGAAAACGUGGCGACGACGUCGACACGUGGCGAAUUGCGUGACGGCAUCACCUUGGCGUCAAAUCAUCAGACCUCAUCAUUCGCCAAAAGUUCGAUCGAAUCCGACGGGUGUCAAUACCGAUAGACUAACGGACAAGUUGAAAGAAGAUAAAAUCGACGCGACUUCGUAUGGUGUUCAAUACGACGAUUCUAUCAAGCAACAUUCUUCUUUCGAAAGUAUCGUAAAUUCCAUCGAUACGACGUACUUAUCUAAAGAGAUUCGAGAGGAGAAGACAUCAGGCAAAGAUAGAGAGAAUCUUGAAGAUUCUCAAAAGGAUCUUCGAAGGAACGAAAAAGAAGAUGCGAAAAGGGAGAAACCAUUUCGUUGUGCCGAUUGUGGGAAAGAAUUUUCGCAGUUGCGCAAUUACAAGUACCAUCGUAGCGUGCAUGAGGGUACACGGGAAUUCGCGGCGAGUUGCCCGGAAUGCGGGAAAUACUUCAACGAUCGUGGUUACCUUAGCUCGCACAUGAAGAUCCAUCGUAACCGUAAGGAAUACGCUUGCCUCGUAUGCGGCAAGAGUUUCAAUCAGCGAGUGGCUUAUAAUAUGCACGCUAAGAUACACACCGGUUUGAAGCCUCACAGUUGCGAACAAUGUGGUAAAGCUUUCUCGCGGAAAAUGCUUCUCAAACAGCAUCUCAGGACCCAUUCUGGCGAACGACCCUAUCGAUGUCACAUCUGUCAGAAGGCUUUUGCGGAUAGAUCGAACAUGACGCUUCACACGAAGCUUCAUUCUGGGUUGAAGCCCUAUCAAUGUAGUCUGUGUUCCAAGGCCUUCACUAAGAAGCACCAUUUAAAGACUCACCUCAACUCUCAUACUGGAUCCAAACCUUAUUCUUGUUCCAAAUGUGGUUUAAAUUUCUCCCAAAGUAGCAAUAUGAGAACACAUUUUAAGAAAUGUACAUCCGAGACUAAUCCCAUAGUUUUGAUCGAUGAUUCGAGGAAGAUGGCAAAAUAGUCUAUGCUUCGUAAAAAGAAAUGUAAACAUUUCGAAACCGAUUGUAUAACUUAUGAACGAGACUCAAACAAUUUUUUUAU